AUGGGAGUUCUAAACGUUUUCAGCUCCAACUUGAAAUUGGAGACUGAGCUAGAUUUAACAUUAGCUGUAACAUUUGUGGUUUUCCUACCAUUUCUUGGUAUUUUAUUUCUCUAUUAUAAAUCCAGACAUUGCGAUAGUCAAUGUUCACAUCAUCCAAUCAACACGAAUCUGGUCAUUUUGAGUGCAUUCCAAGUUUUUGGAUCUUCUCUUCUUUCUUGCCUCAUUGCACUAUUAAAAUCCUCACAACAUAUAAUAAUGAAAUCCCAAUUCUUAUUCGGCUCAUAUAGAGUGACUGUAUGCCUUCUUAAAAAUAUGUCUAUGGUGACAAUUACUGUUUUUUAUUAUAUCGUCUUUUUAUCAGCGUUACAAAGAAUAGUCCUAAUGGUGAAUGCUAAAAUAGGAACUCGUGCAAUGACAGGACGACGUUUGAAUUUGUAUCUGAUUUUGUUGUAUCCAGUUGCCAUCGUAUCUGCAUUCAACAAAAUAAUGGUGGUUGAUAAAACUCCAUGGCUAGAAAUUGGCGUUAUCACCAUAACAUUGAUAAUGUCAACCUUCAAUUUAUUUCUGGUUAAUCAUAUUGAAAGAGAACCAAUAGCUUGUGUGCACAAAACAGCGCUUGCUCAGACUGCUCCAAUUAUUAUACUUCUAGCGCUUUUCACCGCAGCACAGUUGUAUAUUCUGACUAGAAGUGAAAAUUUUAUCAGUAAAUCUGCAUUCCAGUCGUUGACGACUACUGUAUUUUCCGCGGUUAUCCCAUUUUUUAUCAUUAUUGGGAGCUCUUCAAAAAGAAAAGAAGCUAUUAGAUUGCUGACAUGUAGAGCAGAAAGACGAAAUGCAAGAAGAACAAAGUACGCUGCAAGUCGGACACCUCUAACAGGAUCAAAUGUUGCCAGUAUAGUGCUUACAAGGUUUUGA